AUGCAGCGUGUCUCGGCCCUGUUCCCUUCAUGGGACCGGGCAAAGCAAACAACAUCCGUCACCCCCAGGUCGCCCAGUGCCCUGAAUAAGGUUUUCGGAUGGGGAGGGAAGGCGGUUGUGCCCGUCAAGACGACACAACAACCCACAAGUUACGACCGCGAAACAUACUGGCCAACAACCCUCGACAAGGAAUGUGACAAGGCCGCCAGGAUAUUAAAGUCAUUUUGCAUGGAUGGAUUCAUUGUAGAAGAACCACAAGAGCAAGAUCCCGAUACCGAUACCCCACCAACAACAAAAUCCGUUACGAAAAAGAUCCCUCCAAGGAUAUUACAAGAUGCCGUCGGCCUCGCAGUCUUCUCGUGCAUGCGCUCGGGACUGUGGAUGUCAGGAUCAGGCGGCGCCGGGCUGAUUACCGCAAGGAGGGCAGAUGGCACAUGGUCACCACCGUCUGGUAUAAUGCUCCACACGGCCGGGCUAGGCUUCGUUAUGGGAGUCGAUAUCUACGACUGCGUCCUUGUCAUCAACAGUGUACAAGCUCUCGAACUUUUCACUCGUCCAAAGGUGGUUCUCGGAGUCGAUGUCGACCUUACCCUCGGCCCACUUGUCGACGCAGACUCGACCGACAACGACACACGAUGGAAGGACCUCAACGAUACCGUUCUCACAUAUAUCAAAGCCCGCGGCAAGCACCAACCAGUGCCCCUUGACGGAUCGCUUGUUUCGGAGCGUGGCAACGAGAACGUUCGAUUCUACAGUAGCGACAUUUCAGUCCUCGACAUCCUCGCCGGUAACAUUGGCAAGGAGGUUCCCGAAAUGCGCCCGUUAUUUGAGGUCUUGAAGGCUGCCGAGGGUCGGACGGAUUACGACGCAGAUGUUAUGGAGAUGCUUGCUCAGCAGCCUGCCCCUAGUGAUGCCGUAAUCGAUACCCCACGGACAUCGGUCCGACAGUCGAUUGUGAAGAACCCCUUUGGUAUCCCCGACGUCGACGAUCCGGAUCCUUUUGGAGUCAUUGGCCUCGAGAUGGCGGGUAUUGAGAUCAGAGAAGCCGGUACACGUCUACGACCCACCAGCACUCAAUUCCAGUUCCAACCCAGUCCCAAGAGCCCCGCGUUUGCCAGGUACAGCCGACAGAGCGGUGACACGUUCCAGUCGAGGAGCAACCGCGAAAGCUGUAUGUCGACAAGGUCACAGGCUACCGUCAUGACGGACGCGUGCACACAAACCGAUGCCACGAGCACCCCCGAGACAAGUUUCAGCCGCGCCAAUAGUAUGGACGGCCGAGAGUCAAAGUUGUCGGAUAAGCUGCCCACUGUCGUGGAGCCCGAGUUCGAACCAGAAGAGGUUGACUAUACACAGAUCGAUAUGAGCAUGAUUCAACGAUUCAGGCCGCUGCCCGAAGAAGAGGAAGGGGACGAGCUGCAGCCUGAACCCGUGGUCCACCUGGGUGACAAGCCCGAUGCAGAAACCACCGGCACCAAAUCCAUCAAGGACAACACGAGUGAAUACCCCGAAAGCGAGAAGGACGAGAGCGAAAGAGACGAAGACGCCGAUGACGAAGAAGAUGAAAGCGACGAAGACUUUGACGACGAGGCCAUCAUCUGCGAGGUUGCCACUGCUCAACCCGCCCGAAGCUCCAUCCGCUCAUCACAAAUUACCCCCGUUAUCCAUGCCAAGGCGGGAAUUGUUACCAUUGCGAAGCGAGCCCCUCCUCCGCUGCCUGCCAAGUCGCCAGCCCGCGCUUCUUUGGGAAGCCGCGGUACAGACUAUGGCAGCAUCAGCGAGAUCUCCUCCCUUAAAUCGCCCCUCCGCCACUCUUCCUACACGAUGGACUCUCGCAUGAGCGACCCUCUGGCUUCUACUGAAGCGUCUGAGGCGUUUGCCACUCCUCCCACCGUAAUGGAGGAGGUUGAGCCCGCUUCUCCUGAACCAGUCAAGCGUUCUUCUCAGGGACACCAGAAGAACUCGUCGUCGGUGAACACGGCUGUGGAUCUUUCUGCUAAGCGGAGGGCAAGCUUGGAGACGUUUCCUGAGGUGCCCGCUACGCCGAGGACAAUCGAUUUGACUUCUUCCGCUGAGGAUUCAGAGAGGGAGCCCAAGACUCCCAAGACGGAUGCUGGGUUUGCCAACACCACCACUCUCGAGGAUGAGAAGGUUGGUGUCAAGGAGGUGAACAUUGUUUCUGCCCAUGGGGCCGAGUCUAACCCUGUUGUGGUUGUAUGAGUGAAUGGUUAGGAGGAAAAGGAAACACAAAAAUACUUUUGGUGAAAUUUUAGUUUCACAUAUAAUAGCGGGAUCGGGAUUAUGGAGACUACGAACGAGAACUGGAACUGGUGAUUGGCAUCGGUUUACCUUUUGACACGGAAGACAUGAGAAGCGGCGUUCUUGUGUUAUCAACAUUACAUACCAUUUUCAUUGAACGUACCAAGGAGAGAAAAAAAGGGCGGCGGGCUA